AUGGUGCUCUCCGUUCCGCUACUGGACAAAUUCCGCUCCGUCGUCCAGGGGCACGUUCUGGACGACCCGGUGGACCGGCUGAACUACCGUACCGCCGCCCUCGUGCUGUCGUUUUUCGCGAUUCUCGUCUCGGCUGAGCAAUUCGCGGGUUCACCUAUCAAAUGCUGGAUGCCGCAAGAGUUCGGCGAGGGCUGGUCCCAGUACGUCCACCAGUACUGCUUCACCUCGAACACGUACUUUGUGCGCAACAACGACACCGACGCGUUGGACUCGGAUCAUAGGGAGCAGAUCCCCCACAUCGCCUACUACCAAUGGGUGCCAUUCAUGUUGGCCGUCCAGGCCCUGUGCUUCUACCUGCCGAACUGGCUCUGGACGGCGUACGCGUCUGGGUUCAGCAUCGACUUGGCGAACUGCGUCGAGGGGGCGCUCAAGGCGAAGACGCUCACCGGGGAGGCUAGGCAAAAGGAGAUCGAGCUCGUCGCCAUCACCGUCUCCGAGGGGCUCGGCCUGGGCGAGUCGAGGAACAGCCGCUAUUUCCGGUUCCGCCGCGACUACCUGUCGAACACGCUGACGUGGCUGUACAUCGUCAUGAAGUGCCUGUACGUCGUCAACAUUGUCGCCCAGCUGUGCCUUCUCAAUCGCUUCCUCGGCACGCAACACCAUCUGUUUUGGGGCUUCAAUGUAUUCCGCGCCCUCCUUCAAGGCAUGGAAUGGGACCGCACCGGCCUGUUCCCACGCGUCACGUUCUGCGACCUGCGUGUCCACCAAUCCCACGGCGCUCCCAUGACGUACACGGUGCAAUGUGUGUUGCCCCUCAACAUGCUCAACGAGAAGCUGUUUGUGCUGAUGUGGGCCAUGCUCGCCCUCCUGCUCCCCAUCACCACCCUCAACGCCAUCUACGCCCUCGUCAAAGCGGCGCUCCCGCGGAAUGGGACUGUCAAUAAAUGGCUCAAGCACGGGCCAGUGUACGAGCUGGGGCAGGUGCGCCGCUUCGCCAGCGAAGACGGGAUGCUGGUGCUCGGCUUCGUCGAGAACCACGCUGGGCUCGGCGUCACGCGCGAGGUGACAGGGAAAUUGAUGGCCGAAUUCUCUGCCGCCAUCCAGCAGGGCACCGCCGAGAUGACGCCCCUCCUCCCCGACGUGGUCAAAGAUCCGCUCCCCGCCCGCGUGCCGCCGCGACGCCAACGAGUGCUGGCCAAC